AUGGAGGCAGGGAAGGCCGCUGAUGCUUUCGGUCUCUUGCCCGGUCACGAAAUACAAGUUGCUGACGGCGAGUCCGCCUACACUCAAGCUAAGCUUGGUGGCCCCGCCACAUGGGUGCGACUGCCCAAAGAUCGAUGGCUGCCCGAAUGGCAUGGGAAGUAUCAUGACCCGGUUGUGCGUCUUGUAUUGGCCCUUUACGGGCACCCGGAUGCCGGUGGGUUCUGGGAACAGCAUUGCGAAAAGGCUCUCCGCUCUGUUGGCUUCGAGCAAUGCCCUGACUGGAAGAGCGUGUUUCGCCAUCCCAAGCUUAACCUUAUGCUUGUGGUCUACGUCGAUGAUUUUAAGCUCAGUGGACCAAAGGCCAAUCUGGCCACAGGGUGGGAGCUCAUGGCAUCAAAGAUUAAGUUGGAGCCGCCCUCGAGCAUCAAACGUUAUUUGGGUUGUGAGCAUGAACCCAAGAAGGCAUUUCCCGAGCUCACUUUUGGCGAUCGUGACACUACUGUCGCUCAGGGCUCUGUCGGUCCUCGCGAAAUCCGAAUGAUCAAGUACGAUAUGCGAUCGUUCAUGGAGCAAUGUGUCUCUCGCUAUGUUGAGCUCUGUGGUCCGAAAUACAAAGCCACCUUGCGGUCGGCUGACACGCCGUUUCUCGAUGAGUCACGACCGGAGUUCGAUACUAAUCCGGAUCGUCCCGAGGUGAACCGCUUGUUGGGCCAUCCCACCGAUACGCCUAUACCUCCUGGUAAGGGCGUUCUCGGUGACUGCGCUGCCGCUGUCCUGAUGAAAAUCUUGUAUGGUGCUCGCAUGGGGCGAUACGAUCUCAUCCGUCCUGUGCAGGCACUUGCUAGUCUCAUCACCAAGUGGGAUGGUUUGUGUGACAAGAAGCUCCAUCGUUUGGUGUGUUAUAUCAAUUCCACCCUCGAUCUCAAUUUAUAUGGUUGGAUUGGUGAUGCGCCCGAGAUGUUAGAGCUUGUGCUCUAUUGCGAUGCUGAUCUUGCGGGCGACCGCACUGAUUCCAAGAGCACGUCUGGUGUCUUCAUGUGUCUUCUUGGCCCGCGUAGCUUUAUGCCUCUUAAUGCGCUGUCCAAGAAGCAGACUUCUGUGUCAAAGUCUACUCCCGAAGCCGAAAUUGUCUCCCUUGAUCACGCCGUCUAUAAACUGGGAUUGCCCGCUCUCUCCAUGUGGGAGUAUAUGUUGGGCCGUCGCUUCCGUUUGCGUGUCAUGGAAGACAAUGAAGCUGCCAUCCGAGUCAUUAUCACUGGUCACAAUCCUAAUAUGCGUCAUAUGUCUCGUACCCAGCGUAUCGAUAUUUCUGCGUUGAAUGAACGCUACCACGCUGGUGACUUUCUAUUUGUGACGUGUCCCUCUCAGUUUGAGGCUGGUGAUAUCCUGACCAAGGCCUGCACUGAUGCCAAAGUGUGGGGUCGCAACCUUAUGUCUAUUGGUCAUUUUCGCAAAGGCCUUCCGAGCGGCCCGAUUGCGCCAACUACGGAAAGGCCUCCUGCUCCGCCGAUCCCUACGGAGCAGGAUGACGCCAACAUGGGCGCCGAUGAAGCCCCAGUCCCGAUUCAGACCCCGAGAGAUGAGUCUACUGGGGGUGGGAAGCGCUCCGAGGACGUUCCGAUAGGAUUGAGGAUGAAAGCAAUGAUGCUGAAGAUCGGGGUCCAAGAGAUCCCACAGGCCUCAAUCUGGCAGCGCCUCGAACAGCUGGCAUGCAACUCUGGUUUCGACCUAAAGCUGCAUCAGCUAGUUGACUCCUUCCUCCUCUCUAAUCAUCCGCUUGCGGAUAAGCAGAGGAAGCAGUAUCCCCGAGAGUUUAUGGACUUCGUCGAUCGAUACAGGGUGAUGUGCGCUGUUGCAUUUUCCCGAGUGGCAACGUUGUCCGGUGACGCCGCAGGGGUCCGCGAGAAAAUGGACCUUACGAUGGCAUUGGCUCGCCACUGUAUGCACUUCCAAGCGCAAACCUUUAAGGGGUCUCGAGAGACACUGAGCAACGAUACGCUCCGUCUCAUGGGAACCUGUUACAUUCCGUCGCCUCUUGCGAGUUGGAAUCGAAAUCUCAUGGGAUACAGCAGUUCGUCUGCGGAACAGCGAUGGUUGAGGACCGAUACGAGUAUCAAGCACAACGACCUCACCAAGCUGUCGCCCAUUGAGUUGUCAAGGGAUGUGGUCAACCCGGCUGAAGCCGCGAGGUUCUUCAAGGGAUUUCUGCAGCUCAGGCCGACACUUUCUUUCAUCCCUGGGGCGUUUCUGGCAAUCAAGGCCCUUAACCGAUUUCCCACGCUGAAUUCUCUGAAAGAGCAAGCGAGUCACCUCGAGAAUGAUCGCAAGGAACACGGCUACGAUCUACCUGCCGUGGAUGCGAACGAGAUUGGUGAAGUGGCCGCCUUUCGCAACGAAGACGACGAUGAGAAUAACCCGCUGAUGCGCGGGUGGGCCUCGUUCAUGAACACGAUGGCUGAGGCCUACCCCGGGCGAUGCGUCAGCAUCGAUGAUACGCUCAAUUGGGGAGCCAGCACCCAAAUGACCUACGAGGACGGUGCGUCACAGAUCACCAUCCGCCCGACUGACGGGUGGGUGUAUGUCCCAGCGAUGAAUUCGGACAUAUACGAUCCUCAGGAGACGUACCUCCACGGAACGAAUCUCCGAUACCUCUGGUCGAUUCUUGCUCACGGAGGCUUGUUCGGAGAGGAUUAUGUGACGGAUGAUCAUGGAAGUCACGAACCCUGCGUCUGGGUGACUGGACACGCCCCCGAGGCUGCCGGUAGCUAUGCAUCUGGCACGUAUCUCGGCGGAGGCUACUGGUUCCAGGUGAUGAUCUGCGUCUCCCGAACUAUGGUGAACAGCCACAGUCGCACGACAAAGAAGCUGGGGGGAUCCCAGAAACAGAUCCGCGUAGGAACUCGAUUUCUCGAGCUGUGCGGAAUCGCGUUCAGGCCCUUCCGCCUCUUGGAUGACCGCGAGCAAGGGGUUUCUACUUCCCCAAACUACGUCAUCCACGGACACCGAUUCCUCAGUGCCGAUGGGACGAAAGCCGUGGCCUGGCACCCGUGGAUGGAGGCGAGCCCGAUCGAUCCUCGCAUUCUGAAGCUGCUGGGAGACAGUGUCGCGCGCGACAAUGUUGAGUUUGCCGACCUAACGAUUCAGGGGGGCAACACUACCCAACAGGCUGCAUCUACCGAGACGGAGCAGCCUGUGGCGACCGCGGCCGAUGAUCAUGCUGCGGCGAGUGGUGGUGAGGCAACGGAGCGAAUCACCGUCAACCCGGUAGUGCUUCGACGCAAUCACUGGAUGCCCGACUCGUACGGGACGAGUGAGCAAGCCACUGUCGGUGGAAGGUAUGCAUUGCUAUCCGAGCUCCAGUCCUCUAGCUACCGAAUCGAGCUGGCUCCUUUCUUUCAGUCGCGUGCACCCAUGCUGGGUGAGGAAGGCAGCCAAGGCUUGCCCAAGCCUACAAAGCUCGAGACAAUAGCCGGGGGACCUUCCAAAGAGUGGGAGGCAUGGUGCAGGCACUACCGAAAAGCAUACGGUGCUCUGCUCGGCAACUUCGGCUACACGUCCGCCAAGAAUAUCAAGGGUAUCGUAUACGAUGAAGAAAAUACGACGGAUAUCAUUGGCGCGCUUAUUUGGAGCCCAGCCGAUGCCCUUGUGGCUGUCUCGAUUCACGGGAUCCGAACGGUCACGACCAUGGCAUCCACGAUUGCAUUUGGAGGUGCUCCGCCAACGAUCAAGCCGGCAGUACCCAGCAAGCCGCAGAGAUUCGUUGUCAUGCACGAUGGCCUGCUAACCUUCAGAUCUGCCAAAUCCUGGCACGCUGGUGAGAUGAACACCCAUCUGAAGAACGCGCUGGCAAGCUUUGGAUUCCCUGAGUCCGAAGUUCGGGUACAGGCGUUUGAUGAGGGCGAAAAGCUCAAGGAGAUGGUAGACACUCUCGAGCUGAUGCAGAGUGACCCAUCUGUCCCGCCAUCGAACGUUCACAUCCUCAUCCUCUGGAAAGGAGACGAGUUGUGGAAGAUGGACCAAGGCUGGAAUAAGCUGACUGGUGACAUCGAUAUGGCACGAUCACAAUACGCCAAAGUGACCGCCCGGGACGCCCUUGAGAAGUAUAACACGAUCUACGGAUCGGUGUCCCUGUGCGGACCAGUGUCACCGAGCAUGGGUUUCCUUCCGACUCUUCCUGGCCCUCUCUUCGAGAAAUACAGAGAGGAGAUGAGGUCGAUCUGGGACGAAAUCAGGAGGUCCAACUUCCUUUCCCUGUCGUUUGACGCUAUCCUGGAAGGACUACC